GGACAAGCUAAGAUGCAUGUACUGACUUGAUUCAGUACUGCCAACGAGAUGUCGACCACAUGGGGGCUGUUGUGCUUUUUCCAAACAACGGUCUUGCUAACUGUCACAUGUACUAGUGACGCCGCACACUCCCCCUUGAUCCGGACAUUAGAAUCAGAGGGCGAUUUUAGCGACUGUAUUGAUUCUGAUCAAUUGACGAACGGCUUGAGCACUGCGUGUACACUUCUUGUCGGGAGUUUGGUUGAGAGUGUGAAAGAGCAAGCAGCGGGCAGUAUCGAAGGCGAAUAUUUCCCAUUCAUGUGCCAUGAUGGUCACUUGGCAUAUGCUUCCCUGGACUCAGGAGAGCGGAUUCUCUGGUAUUCCCGGGAUUACAAGGACUGGAAUAUAAAUGCAGGCUUGGAGGCAAAGCCGGAGGAGGUGUUGGCGUUUGCUAGUGACGCCGGUGUGGGCAGCGGGGUGCAAGAGCCCUUCUACUCAGGUGCAGGAACUUGGUGGGUUGUCAGGAGGCCUGGGCUGAGGACGUCAUUAGAGGAAAUGUUCACAGAGGCGAAGGGGCUUCGAGUUCAGUGCAUUGAGGGGCAAUCUGUUGUGUAGAGAGCAGGAAAGUUUGUUUGUCUCAGUACUGCAAGCCUGGCGUGGAUGGCUGUUGUGUGCCACAUGCCAGAAUAUUCUUAUUUACGUCUUGUCAGUCUGGUGUGUAUCUAUUAUUCAAUGGGAGGCCUGUCCAUCGCUGAUGCUGAUUGAGUUCGAGUCCGCCAAGUUUAUCGUGAAUCAUCUGAGCGUGAGUGCACAAUACUGAUGAACUACUCUGUGUU